AUGUCAAAGUCGGUGCGAGAUGAUGUUGUAUUCGAUAUAUUAAGUUCCUUACCCGUCAAGACUCUUUUGCGCUUCAGGUGCUUAUCGAAAUCUUUUUGUUCAUUAAUCGACAGCCCUGAUUUCAUCAACUCCCAUCUCAAUCUAUCUGUCAAAACCACAACCAAUCGCCUUCUUCUUGCUGAUGAAUUUACUGGUUCCGUCUACGGGGUCGAUGUAGACUCUCCAGCUCUGAGUUAUCUUGAUGGAUUUGGGUGCGAUGUGAUUACUAAUGACUAUAAGGUGAUCAUAAUCACUCAAACUGACCAUUCUUUUAGUGUUAUGCUUUAUAGUUUAAAGAGUAGUUCCUCAAGAAGGAUUCAGGACCUUCACACUCCUGCUCCUGAUUGUUUUCCAUACUGCAGGAGGCUGCAGUGUGUUUCUGUUGGUUCCUCUCUGCAUUGGUUAGUCAUUUCUCGCAAUGAAUCUACUCCGGAUCAUAUAAUCCUUUCAUUUGAUUGCCCAUCCCUGGUUUUCAUAUAUGUGAAGACAUGGCUAAUUAUUGUAUGCUUUCAGAACUUGGAGGAUGCCUCUGUUUUAUUUUUGGCGGAGACAGAGACAAACAGCAGGGAUUUUGUACGAGUACUUAAUACAACACAAGUGUCUAUGCUGCCAGGUUUCAGUAAUAUCACUAGCCAAAGUGUGUCAGUAAAAUGUGAAGGGGAAAUGAAAAAUCAGCUGGACAUGAAAAAUCAGCUGAUUGAAUUGAGUGGGGAAAGGGGAAAUGCAGGACUAACCAUUUUUCUGGAUUCUGCACUCCGCAGAACUAAGAUUUCAGCAUUGCAUCCUGAAAUGAUAAGCAUUCUGCUCUAA